CUGCCAACCUGCAGCGAGGAUUUGGUGUCCAGUCAGUGUCGCAGUACGACGUCCGAUCGGCGGCCAAAAAGAAGCAGGAAAGUGUAGUGGUUAGCUUCCCUUGCUAUACGGAGCAGCAGAUUUAUUCGCAUAGGAGCUUACCAUCUUAAGGGGCCAGAAGCGCUUACGCCCAGAACAUGGCGACCUGCACAGGCUCGCGCGUCACCGCUUUUUCAGGGUCGCGCCUUAACAAUGUGCGAAUUGGUCAUGCGAGCCGUGGCGUGACCGCUGCGGUGAUGAUGAAGAAGGGCAUCCACCCGCAGUGGUUUCCUGAGGCCAAGGUCAUCUGCAAUGGUGCAGAAGUUAUGACCGUGGGCGGCACCAAAUCAGCGUACAACGUGGAUAUUUACUCUGGCAACCAUCCAUUCUACCAGGGAAGCAAGACCACCUUGGUGCUUGACGAUGGGCAGCUGAGCAAGUUUAAGAAGCGGUUCGCCGAGCUUGAGGAGCUGAGCGUCAUCCCCGUCCUCCAAGCAGGCAAGGCAGAGGACCCCACGGCGAAGGAGAAGCCUUCGGCGUCCCAGCAGAAGGGCAAGGGCAAGAAGAAGUAGAUUGGUCCACGCGGCAUGUCAUGCAGCCUCAGAUGUUAAGCUUUGGGCAGACCCACAUGGCGCUGGUUGCCAGUCUUUGCGUGCCUCAGCGCUGGAGGUCGGUUGACUCGGCCCGCACUGGCGGUGAGGUUGGAAGGGUCACAGCAAAUGUUCGAGUUGUAUGCAGCUGUGGGCUAACUGUUCAAGCUCGGUGUGGGCAGUGCGGGGCCGCUGACGUAGUUGGAAAGGCCCCCGCUAGGUUGAAUGCUGGUUGGAAUCUGGAAAUCAUUUACAGCAUAGAGGGGUUGUACAGGUUCACAUUUUGUCCUUAGUGAAUCACGAAACCCAAGAGGGGAGUACACGAGUAUAGCUUGGAAUGCAAAGAGGGGGCUUUUGUUACGGCCACACAUGGCCUUCACUUAGCAUACGCUGGCGACUGCUCUCGCACCUUCUGAGUGCGGGAGUUGUGUUGGAUGAAGUUGUGCGGAGGAGCUGCACGAGCACACAUGUACGACGUUUUUUCUGUAUGACAGACGUGCACAUGUUUUGGCAACCAGGGGAGCUGUUCAACUGGGUUAUUGGCUCCUCCGCCUUUUGUCCCUUGUGGUUAGCCAGCAGACAGGAGCCUGGCGGUGUGGGGGAAAAGAGGAGGUGGCCGAAUGUGGACGGUGGGCGGGCAUGUCGCUUGCAAGGUGCAAGAGUUCGCUUGGUGUCGUGUUGUUUUAGGAUGGUUGGCGCGGCAUUGGAGUGGGGCCUCGUCCCGUUUGUAAUAACCCAGCAUCGACAACAGGAGGUUUGUGCUGGCUAGUGGAUGCGUU